AUUAGUGCCUUGUAGUGUGGAUGUAUAAGUAUUUAGUGUUAUUGUGAGUGUUUGGAUAACAACAGCUGUUCAAGAUGAUGACCUUGUACAGAACCAUAAAAGGGACCAGCACGACGAAGAGAAAGAAACGGGAAAGCCUAAUCCCGUUUGAGACGGCAGUGGGUGGCGAGAUGGUGUCUCGACGUCGAAUACUUUCGCGUUCCCGCGACGACCUAACACAGGCGUUCGCAGCGCCCGUAGAAGAAGAAGAGGAUGUAUGGUAUCAAAAAGAUAAACUUUAUAAGGAACACAUACAGGAAGUAUUGGAUAAAUGGACACAGAUAGAUGACGAGAUAUGGGCGAAGGUGAUAGUGUUUGAGAGGAACAGACGCGUUGCCAAAGCGUAUGCGCGUGCGCCCGUGCUCACUAUCAAUGGCUCAGACGACGGAUUUGACGGCAUGAGAAUCGGUCUUUGCGGAUUUGAUAACCCACACAGAGAUCAGAAAACAGAAGAAGUUAGAAGACACAUAGGACAGGGUGUCAAAAUUAAAAUGGACGACGCCGGUAAUAUACUCAUCAGACGCUAUUCCAAGAGUAGUGUGUUUGUGAAGAGUACGGCAGCCACUAGCAACGAAGAGACGGCUAUUGGGCAAGAUAUAGUCAAGCUACCUGGAUAUGCAUUGGAACAAGAGAAAAUAUUUAAGUUAUUUGAUAUGAAGAAGUUCCAAUCGAACGUUAACCGUGAGCUGCGCCGUUCGUAUCCUGACCGCAGACGACUGGAGACACAGUGCCUCAGUGCUAUCGCCUUUGUAAAGUCGGAUUCCGAUCUUCUCGACUGCCCCAUUUGGGUGCUCAUAAUCAACGUCGUUGCUAUGGAUAUGCUCAAAUCUAAGCUGCCACCGGUUCAAAGACUGAUGGACAUCAAGAACCGACCACGCAUCCCAAUCCCAGAUGAAGACCCAUACAGCAUCGCCAGCUCCAACGCCAACGGAUCAGGAUCCAGUGGCAGUUCUGGAGGUUAUGGACACAACGGACAUAAUGGACACAAUAACAAUGGACAUGGAGUGGUUGCUGCCACUAGAGAACAGCUCAUGAUGCAGAUGGGACAGAGGAGAGGUGACAAGCCUCCGAAACUACCGCCCAGGGAGAAUGGGUACGGUCCAGCUGACAUUCCCAAGCCUGAUUACGAUGACAUUGAAGGACAUGACGGACGCGUGCCAACACAGUUCCCAAGAGGCAAAUCAGAUAAAGGCAAAGACAAUAAGAAAUACGAUGAUCCUUACUACUGCGGUCUACGGGCGCGUGUGCCCAACUUCGUGAAGACCAAUGGCGCUAAAGUUCUACCAACCAUGACCGAACGCCUCACUUUGAAGGAAGCUCCGGUGCCCAGCAAGCGUUACAGCGUGGCCCACGCCCACCCUGGUCCAUUCCCGCCCCACAUGGCUCCGUUUGCACACGCUCCAAUGCCACCACAGGCUUUGUGGCACGCUCGUUCUUACGAGAGCGGAAUCGGUGCGUACGAACGUCUCCCCAGAAAAGAGAAGCUCAUGUUCCAAUUCUAUCCGAACAGGGAACAGAAACGGCUGCGACCCCUCGUGAUCCAGCAGCCGCGCUAGUGUAUAUACAGACUAACCCCGCACUUUAAUUCCACCGCCUCAACGCGGACUCUUCGCUCCAAUCUUGACGGAGAGCAGCACUAUGAUCCAUACGCGCUGUACGGUCGCCUGCCCAUGCCUGGACGUGGCUUCCCACCACCACCCGCCCCCCACGCGCGUCACAUGUUUAUUGGAGAGUGGGACUAGAGUGCGAAUCACCUGACACCUGGCAACUUAACCUAGAAUUUUAACAAGGAUACUGUCAAAUCGACAUCAACGUCACAUUUUGUAAACGUUGAUGAUCUUUAUUAAUUUGUGAAAGCCCUGACACCAAAGAUUGAAAGAUUUCUUUCAGCUUGGUGAAUGAAUCUAUAAUCGAUUCGACAGUAUUCUAGAUACGUAUUGUUAUAUUGUAAAUAUUGAAAAGUUUGUAAAAUAAAUGGGAAUUUGAAAUGUGUUGAUGGUCGAUAAUACCUUUAUUUACUUUUGUAUAAUGGAAAGCAAAUGAUUUGCUUAACGAUACCGAGAUUUCUUGUAUGCAUCACAUGUAACUCUGUGUCUAUUUAAGUGAUAGAGUAAGAAUUUUAUUUAGCAACUUUACCAUCAUGUUAUAGUAAUGUAUUUAACUGAUAAUUGUAAAAAAUUAGGUAUAAAUAAUUAAAACAAUAAGUUAACUAUCACUGCCAAUAUUUAACGAUUUUCGUGUUCAACGUCAUCACAAUGUGUCUUGUCGUUAUAAUAAUUUUCUUUUUAUAUUAUUUAAGUGGCAAUCCUAGUCAAAACAGGGUUGGGAAUUUUAAAUCGAUUAGGGAUUUUUUUUGUUAUUUUAUUUAUAAAUUUCAAGAAUGUAAUGAACUUAUUUUCGGUAAAUCCAAUGACUUCGAAAGUAGUUCGUUUUUUAAUAAAAACUUUG